GAGAAGUGGGUUGAGCCAAUAGGCUGAACGAAGUGCGUGUAGGACCGAAAGGCACACCGAGCGAAGGCAGGAUGUGGUAAAGGGAUAAAGCAGAGCUGGAAACUGGUCGAAAGACGCCAUGCACUCCACGGGUCUGGGAUUCUGAAUUCAGUAUUAUAGCCUAUGAAUGUCGCAGACAGAAAAGAGUGGAAAUGAGUAACAGUGGAGUGCAAGAUGCAGGGUCCAAUCCGACAGGUUCCGCAGGGCAGGUCAAGGAAAAUGGACCGGAUAAACCCAACAGUCCAAAUGGCACCAAUACAAACCCAAUCACUCCGGUGGAUCCCGAUGAUGAGCCACAAACAGCCAUUACGGAUGUCACCCAGAUGUUGAUGAAAUUUUCAAAGACUUUCAUCGUUAUUUUUCCCAUUUAUGUUUUGGGAUAUUUUGAGUUCAGCUUUAGUUGGAUUCUUGUUGGACUUGCCACUUUUUUCUGGUACAGAAGACAUCAUGGAAAUAAAAGCACAAGACUUAACCGAGCCUUGGCGUUUUUGGAGCAUGAAGAGAAAACAGUGAGGCAAAGUUUGCCCACUUCCGAGUUGCCACCCUGGGUCCAUUUCCCAGACGUUGAGAGAGUGGAAUGGCUCAACAAGACCGUGAAGCAGAUGUGGCCGUACAUCUGUCAGUUUGUGGACAAGCUUUUCCGGGAGACCAUCGAGCCGGCAGUGAAGGGCGCUAACCCUCACCUUAGCACCUUCAGCUUCACCAAGAUAGACAUGGGGGACAAGCCUUUAAGAGUGAACGGGGUGAAGGUGUACAGUGAGAACGUGGACAAACGUCAGAUCAUCAUGGACCUGCAGAUAAGCUUUGUCGGGAAUACGGAAAUAGAUGUGGACAUCAAAAAAUACUACUGCCGAGCUGGCAUAAAGAGCAUACAGCUUCAGGGGACGCUGCGUGUCGUCAUGGAGCCUCUUCUGGGGGACAUGCCGCUGAUUGGAGCGCUGUCCGUCUUCUUCCUGCAGAAGCCUUUGCUGGACAUCAAUUGGACAGGCCUCACAAACAUGCUGGACAUUCCAGGGUUGAAUGGUCUGUGUGACAACCUCAUUCAGGACAUCAUCAACAGCUACCUGGUCCUGCCCAACCGUAUCACCAUUCCUCUGGUGGGAGACACCCAGCUGGCUCAGCUACGCUUCCCUAUUCCUAAGGGCGUCCUGAGGAUCCACUUUCUUGAGGCCCAGGAACUGAUUGGCAAGGACAAGUUCCUGGGAGGGCUGAUCAAGGGCAAGUCUGACCCAUAUGGGAUCAUCCAGAUUGGCAAACAGCUCUUCCAGAGCAAGGUCAUCAAAGAGAACGUCAACCCCAAAUGGAAUGAAGUCUACGAGGCCUUGGUGUAUGAGAACACAGGGCCCCACCUGGACAUCGAACUGUUCGACGAGGACACAGACAAGGAUGACUUCCUGGGCAGUUUAAUGAUUGAUGUCUCAGAGCUUCAGAAAGAACAGAAGGUGGAUGAGUGGUUUGUUCUGGAGGAGGUGGCUUCGGGGAAGUUGCAUUUGAAGAUGGAGUGGCUGUCUCUGCUCUCAACUCCUGAGAAGCUUGAUCAGGUGUUGUCCAGUGUCAAGGCUGACCGAGGCCUGGCCAAUGACGGCCUCUCGUCUGCGCUGCUGGUGGUCUUCCUGGAUUCAGCCAGGAGCCUUCCGAGUGUCUUCGAGGGGAACGUGGGGUGUGGCUACUUGAAAGAGAGACGGGCAUCGGGCCUAGUCUUUUGUGAGAAUACCGCCUCACUCUAUAGGACGCUAUUUCGCAAUCCAUUAGAAUUCAACCAUGACCAGUUGAAGAAGGCCUCUGUCAAUAAGGCCAUCAAGUCUGGUAAGAAAGUGAGCAGUGACCCCAGUCCAUUCGUCCAGUUCACUGUCGGCCACAAAACCUGCGAGAGCAAGACCCGGUUCAAGACUAAUGAGCCUGUGUGGGAGGAGACCUUCACCUUCCUCAUUCACAACCCCAAGAGCCAGGAGCUGGAGGUGGAAGUGAAGGAUGAGAAACACGAGUGCUCGCUGGGGACAUUGAAGGUGCCCCUCACUGAACUCCUGGAGGCGGAGGAGAUGAUGAUCAACAAGCGUUUCCCUCUGAAGAACUCCGGGCCCAGCUGCACUCUCAAGCUGAAGAUGGCGCUGAAGGUGCUGUGUCUAGAGAAAGCUGCCCAGUCCGACCAAACCCCCUCCUCAGUCCAGGUGCGCAAGGCCAGCACCCCUGUACCCUCCCAACGCACCUCCGUCUCCGAGCCCCCGCGCUCUGUCUCGGAUCUCCCCCCUUCCAUGGCUGCCUCCUCCCAGGACCUCCCCAGACGAGGUGGGGGAGACGUGGGGCCUUCCUUCGGCAGCCCAGGGGGAGUGGGUCUUAGUCAUGGUAAAGGUCUGGCCGAGGCUGGCCGAAGCAGCUCCAACCUGGCCAUCUCUGGUUCCCAGCAGUACCUGGCUGGGAAGGAGCCCACGCCUAGCAUCGCCUCGGACAUCUCCAACCCCUACGCCACGCAGGAGCUGCAGCAGAGGUUGCGUCAGCUGCAGAAUGGCUCAGGCCCCAGUCAUUUCCCCCUUGGAGAGGUGCAGCUCACAGUGAGACACAGCUCUCAGAGGAACAAGCUUGUCGUGGUGUUGCACGCCUGCAGGAACCUGAUAUCGUUCACAGAGAGCGGCUCAGACCCCUAUGUUCGUCUCUAUCUGCUGCCCGACAAACGACGCUCUGGCCGGAGGAAAACUCACACACAAAAGAAGUCACUCAACCCAGUUUAUGAUCAGACAUUUGAGUUUAACGUGUCGAUUGUGGAGCUCCACCGGAGGACUCUGGACGUAGCCGUUAAGAACGGAGGACAUCUGCUCUCCAAACACAAGGGACUGCUGGGAAAGGUUCUGGUGGAUUUGACCUGUGAGGAUAUUGCUAAGGGUUGGACGCAAUGGUAUGAGCUAAGUGAAGAUGGUUUGAGGAAACCUGCUCAGCUGUAGAUAAAAACUGACAGACAAGAUUGAGGAGGUCCUGGCCAGGGGGGGGCGUGUGAGGAGACUGCCACUGCUCUUCAGUGGACAGAAGAAGACAGGGAAAUGUGCUAUACAAAAGUCUCAUUUUACUUUGCAAUGCUACCAAACAUGUACAGAGAGCGUAACUGCCUUUCCAUUCAGUUACAUUGCGUUUUAGUUUAUUUUUAUGUUUACUAUAAUUAUUAUUAUUUACGUUACUUGCUUUUGUAAAGUGUUUUAUAUUCAUUUAAACACAUCAGUCGCAACAUUAUCAACCCCUUUAAUGAGUUAUUCUGUGCAAAAGAGGACAAGUAGAACAUAGUAUGUAAGGUAUCUAAAGGCAAAUAUAAAAAAAGAGAAUUCCUUCUUCGCAGAUGAUGUUAUGGACUGUAACAAUAUUGUCUUGGUAUCGCAGUUCCAUCAUACUUACUGCCUUAUUCUUUUAGGGAGGACUAUGUACAGUACACAACAUGUAAAUAUGUACAAUGAAGCGGACUAAAAAGAAUGUUUAUAAUAGUAUUACAAAAAGGUGUUUCGCUUAGUCAAAAUGACCACCUUCUCAACAAACUUUCCAAUGUCAUAAAUUGAAAUUCCAUGAGAUUCUGAUGUUCCUCAUGCAACUUGUGGAGUUCAUACAAGCCUGUAUUCUCUGUACAUUUGAAAUUAGUCACCAAAGAGACAAGUAUUUCAUCUAACUGUAUGUGGGUUUUAAGCCAAAUAUGUAAGAAAGUUUGCACACUACUUUGUGUUUUUAAAGUGUAGGGAUCAUACUUUUAGCAAGAGUAAUUGAAUACAUUAAUUUGACUUAAUUCUAUUUUUUAUUAAACAAAACAUUGGUGUCUUCAGAUCUCUAAACUCAACAGUUGAUAGAGAUACACUGUACUAUGUGGGUAGUCCGUCAUGGCUGUUAUAAAUAAACACCAGUCUUAAUUUUGAUGUUUUCAUUCAUACACUUUUACAUAGUACACAUUACGGCAUGCACAUUGUGUUCAAGGCUUCUAAUGCUUUUACUCACCAAGAUCACAGUACACAUCAGACUGUAAGUGUUAAUGUUGUUGGGAAACUGUCAUAUCUGUACCACUGACACAGGUAUAUAACCUUACAUUUGUUAUCACAUGAAAUGUGCACAUAGUUGUUGGAACAUGUAUGCCUGUUGUCCUAUGUCUUCACUGCAACAACCUACUGUUUCCUGUCAAACCAUACCCACUUUUUUUUUACUUUGGAAAAAACGCUGUGUGACUGUGUAAGCCAUCAAAUGAAAAGUGUGUUUGGAGUUGAGCUCCUUAUCCCAUUUCAAACUGGUCUGUGCUCACUAUGUAGUUUAUUUAUCUUGUGCCUUAAUCCACAAUGUCCAGAUAUUUAGAAGGAUAAAAAUGCUUUUACAUGUAUAAGAAUGUCAUGUAUUUUAAAUAAUAAUAAAGAGCUUUUGCUGCGUGUGCAGCGGUAUGCUGUA